AUGACAGUGAAUGAAGCUAAGUACUUGACUAGUGAUAACAAGCAGUUUCCUUACAUGUAUGGUCUACCAAAACUUCACAAACCGGGUAAAGAUAUUAGGCCCAUCAUCAAUUGCAGGGAUUGCCCGUUCUAUAAAUUAUCCAAAUGGUUAUUGAACAGAUUUAAGGCAUUGGAAGCAUAUGAAACAAGGAGUGUGAAAAACUCGAUUGAGCUAGCGAAAACCCUGGAGAAUGAGGAGGUGCAAGAUGAUGAGGUGUUGGUGUCGUUUGACGUGAAAUCGUUAUUUCCCAGUGUGCCAGUGGAUAAAGCACUUCAGCUGUUGAGCAAGUGGUUAAAAAAUAGUGGUUUAAUGAAGCAAAAAGUAAAAGAGUUUUUAAGAUUGACAGAAAUUUGUACCAGUCAAACAGCGUUCAGAUUUAACAACAAAAUGUACAGACAAGUAAGUGGCCUAUUCAUGGGGAACCCGAUCUCACCAUUUUUGUCGGACUUGUUUAUGAGUAACUUGGAAAUCGAGAGGAUAGUUUUUCGGCCAGAUAUGUUUUUGUUAUGGCGUAGGUACGUUGAUGAUGUACUAUCCAAAAUAAAGAAAGGGCAGCAAACCUUGGCCUUAGAGUAUUUAAACCACCUCGAGGAAUCUAUUGAAUUCACAAUAGAAGAAGAAAAAGACCAAAAAUUACCGUUUCUUGACCUUUUAUUGGAUAGAUCAAAUAAUAAGAUCGAGUUCGACAUUUACAGAAAACCUACUGAUACAGGGAAUUAUAUCAAAGGUAAUGCACACAACCCUAAAGUUCAUAAAACAGCAGCGUUUAGGAGCAUGGCAUACCGUAUGAUGAAAAUUCCUCUCAGUGAUGAGAACAGAAAGAGAGAAGAAAACAACAUCAUCAGUAUUGCCAAGAAAAAUCAUUUCCAGGAGGAGGAAAUCAGGCAAGUCAUAAACAAGGUGAAAAGGAAAGUGAGGAUGAACAACUUGACGACUUUGAAAGGAGAAACCAAAGAUAAAAGGUAUAGAAAAUUUACUUUCCAUCCCAAAUGGGGUCCAAAAUUCAAAAAAGUUUUUCAAAAAUUGGACAUUGAGCUAAGCUUCACAAACAAUCACAAUUUAAUGAACAGAUUUAGCAAGAAAAUAGAAACAACAGAAAAAGAUGACUCUGCAAAACCUGGGAUAUAUGAAAUCAACUGUAACACUUGCCACAAAUGUUACGUGGGCCAAACGAAAAGAUCAUUGAAAAUCAGGGGCCAAGAGCAUGUGAGGAAUAUGAAAAACAGAGAAAUCACACGCUCGGCGGUGGCACACCAUUUUUGGUCCACAGGACACAAUAUUAAUUUUGAACCUAGGCUCCUCAAGGAAAGAACAGAAUUGAGUGAAAAUCGGCGUAAAUAUCAACAAAGGAGUAAUCCUGUUGCAUGA